AUGGUUGGGUCUGCACAUGGGCCGGAUGCCUUUUCCCAGAGUCGCACCACCACGUUCUUGCUGUCAAACCUUCAUUGUGCCUCUUGCGUGUCAAAUAUUGAAGAGGCUCUUUUCCGGCUCGUCCCAAGGCCUAUUUCGGUUGAUCCCUCUAUUGUUUCUCAGACAGUCACGGUUCGCCACCAUCCUUCUCUACCCGAGUCAACACUAUCCAAAGCACUUCGUGAUGCUGGAUUCAAUAUCUAUAAUGUAGUCCGAGACACAGAGAGUGGAUUUAAUACCGACAAUGGCAACCCCAAUGAGAACGCUUUGGCGGAGCAAGACGGAUGGAUUGACCGGGCGGUGGAGAUAUGGUCGAAGCGCUACAAUUUGGGCAAUAAGUCCGAAAAGAAAAGAAUAGCCAGACACAUUGAACGAUGUGAUAUUUGUCGCCUGGAGAAAGGGGCAAAAUCGGGAGAGAAAAUGCUUUCUGCUUCCACCAUGGGGCAAGGUGUAACGAACGAACCUUUCAUCGUUAUUGGCUCCACUGAUUCUCCGAAAGCUGUGAAAGUGACCAUAUCUAUUACGGGAAUGACUUGCGGCACUUGCGUCGGCAAGAUCUCCGAAGCACUCGAGGUGCACUCAUGGGUACAGUCCGUGAACGUCACUCUUCUUACAAAUAGUGCUAUGGUUACGAUUAAGGACAAAGGCCAUGUGACGGAUAUCCUUCAGAGCAUAGAAGACGUGGGAUAUGAGGCGACAGUGGAACAAAUCGAUGAAUAUCCUACUCAAGGGGAAACCGACCAUGAGCCCCAAAAUGCCACUCUGCGAGCGUCAUAUUCUGUGGGUGGGAUGACCUGCAGUAGCUGCAUUGGUGCUAUUAACGGGGCACUCAAGAACUUUGGCUGGAUAAAAAAGGUUGACAUAAAUCUCCUCUCAAACAGUGCCACGGUCGUAUUCGAAGGCAAAGAUCACUUGCCUGAGAUUGCAGGCAUUAUCGAGGAUAUUGGUUACGAGGCCACUCUGAAUGACGUGAACGAACUGGACAGCGCGCUGUAUCCAAAUCAGCGGAGAGUGAUCUCAAUCAAGGUCAGUGGAAUGUACUGUGAUUAUUGCCCUCCUCGAAUCAUUGGGCAUCUGCAGCAAUGUACUGGGGAAGUAGUUGUCGAUAAACUGUUGAGUGUGAUCGACCCAAUCUUAAAGGUCAGCUAUACGCCAAACGCCCCUAGUUUCACCAUUCGGCACAUACUGGCUUCGAUCUCAAUGGCAGACCCUAAUUUAAAAGCCUCCCUUCAUCACCCACCUACGUUGGAAGAGCGUUCGCAAAAGAUCAAUGCUCGCGAACAACGACGCCUUCUAAUUCGAACCGCUCUUUCUGUCUCUGUCGCUGUUCCAACAUUUCUAAUAACGAUCGUUUUUAUGAGCUUGGUACCGCUAGAGAAUCGUCUUCGGCAAUUUUUCAUGCGGCCAAUGUGGUAUGGUGAUGUUCGGCGUGGUGAUUGGGCUUCCUUCCUUAUGGCUUGUCCUGUGUACUUCUUUGCGGCUGACAUCUUCCAUCGUCGUGCAUUGAAGGAGAUAUUCGCUCUAUGGAAGCCAGGGAGCACGACGCCUAUACUGCAAAGGUUCUACCGUUUCGGAAGCAUGAAUAUGCUUAUGUCCUUGGGAACGUCUAUUGCGUUCUUCUCAUCGGUCUCGGAAUUAGCAAUUGCAGCCACGCAUUCGCCAAGUUCGGCCACAGGAUCCAACCACACGAGUUACUUUGAUUCGGUCGUCUUUCUGACCAUGUUCCUCCUCAUUGGAAAGCUCAUUGAAGCGUAUAGCCGAGCAAAGACAGGAGACGCCGUGAUGAUGUUGACGAAACUUCGACCAACGGAGGCCACACUCGUUGAUGAAGGCUCCGGGCAGCAAACGAGACAAAUCAGCGCAGACCUUCUAGAAAUUGGUGACGUCGUCAGAGUCCCGCAUGGCGGCUCCCCUCCUUGCGACGGACGCGUUAUCGAGGGCGAGGCAUGUUUUGAUGAAUCAAGUCUUACGGGCGAAUCGAGACCGGUGAAGAAGUCAGUCGGUGACGAAGUCUUUUCGGGGACCAUGAACAAUGGUGGUCCUAUCUCUAUUCGAGCCAGCGGUAUUUCUGGAACGUCCAUGCUGGAUCAAAUUGUGGAAGUGGUUAGGGAAGGCCAAACUCGACGUGCUCCAGUUGAACGUAUUGCGGAUCUUCUGACUAGCUAUUUUGUGCCGUUCGUCACGCUCAUCGCUCUAACUACAUGGAUCGUGUGGCUGGGUCUUGGUCUUUCUGGCACUCUUCCACGUGAUUACCUAGAUAUCAACCGCGGAGGAUGGCCACUUUGGUCCUUGCAAUUUGCUAUCGCUGUCUUCGUUAUAGCUUGCCCUUGCGGUAUCGCUCUCGCCGCUCCAACCGCCCUUUUCGUUGGUGGUGGACUGGCCGCUCGGAACGGGAUACUUGUGAAAGGUGGAGGAGAAGCAUUCCAGGAAGCCAGUGGACUGGAUUGCGUUGUUUUUGACAAAACUGGUACUUUAACACAAGGUGGUGAACCGGUGAUAACAGAUUAUGAGGUCAUGUCUGGUGCCGAUGAACGUUUGGCUCGAAGGAUGAUCAAAAGCCUGGAGGAGAACAGCAGCCAUCCAAUCGCGAAGGCUGUUGUCACAUUUUGCGAGUUGAAAGACACAACGUCAGUCCAAGUGGAAAACAUGGAGGAGAUCGCUGGCAAGGGCAUGAAAGGGACAUUCUCAACUACGAAGAAGACUGUGACGAUCAUUGUCGGAAACGAGGCUCUCAUGGCGGAUUACAAUGUCCAAAUCCCAAAUACAACUGUGGAAAAACUUGGCAACUGGAAAGCUCAAGGGAGAUCGAUCUCUUUGGUUGCCAUGAAAGUUGCCCCAGGUGACGAAGCUUGGCCAUCACUUACAGUCUCUACAUCAUGGGAUUUGGUGAUAACCUUUGCAGUCUCUGAUCCUCUCCGCCAAGAAGCUUUUGCUACUAUCAAGGCACUGAAAGGAAGAGGGAUAGAUGUUUGGAUGAUAUCCGGUGAUAACCCGACAACCGCAACCGCCAUUGGUACAAUGGUUGGGAUCCCCGGGGAAAAUAUAAUUGCGAGUGUGCUUCCCGGGCAGAAAGCUGAGAAAAUCCAGUACCUCCAAAGGACGUUAAAGAAAGUCAGCUCUCGGAACGCCUUUGGAAACACACAUGAAUACACAAACAGGAGGGCGACGAUCGCCAUGGUAGGCGAUGGGAUAAAUGACUCCCCGGCCUUAACAAUGGCAGAUGUAGGAGUUGCGAUUGGUUCUGGCUCCGACAUUGCCAUCUCCUCUGCUGAUUUCAUUCUUGUUUCGUCUCGGUUAGAUUCAUUGCUGACACUGAUUGAUCUCAGUCGCAUUGUCUUCAAGAGGAUCAAGUUUAACUUCGCAUGGGCAUUGGUUUAUAAUCUCAUCGCCUUACCUGUGGCUGCUGGAGUUUUGUAUCCUGUGGAAGCCAAUGGAGGCCAUGUCAGACUCGACCCAGUUUGGGCUAGUUUAGCCAUGGCAUUAAGCAGCGUGAGCGUGGUCUGCAGCAGUCUACUUCUGAGGAGUAAGUUACCAGGGAUCGGAUUUAGAUCGCCGGAAAAUCGCCAAGAUGGAAAUUAA